AUGUGGGAAGUUGGAGAUUUCGAGUUGGAAAUUUCGGAGUUCCCGGACGUCUUGAACGUAGCAUUUGACCCGGAUGAAGACUCUUCACUUGGUGUGUAUCACGGACUGGGUGUGAUUCACUAUUCUGUGUGGAUUCGACUCAGAUCGGAGAAUCGACUCUUUACGAGAAUCGACUCCUUGCUGUGUGCUCGUGCCUCUUCGCUCCUUAGCAUCAUGACCAACGACAGGACAAAAGUGAAGUUCAGCUGGCUACGCACAGCAUUCGUGUCACCUACGAAGUUCCAGAAGAAUGACGUCGGUUUGGCUCGACCCACUCGUUGGGGUGGCGACGCGUCCCAUGAAUCGAGUAAAGACUCCUCUCCCGGCCUGAACACGUCCACCAGCUCAGAGGAACUGGGAGAACUGGAGAACAUUAAACUCGGCACGCCUCAGGGGAGACGCGUCACGCCGUCGCAGACACAGCGCUCUCAGAAAACACGCCGUCUGUCCAGCAAACCCUGCAGACUGUUUGAGAAUGCGAAGCAGGACUCACAGUCAGGAUGUCGGUCACCUUUGCAGUCGCCAUCGUCCACUCCUGGUGAGAAACGAAAACACAGAACUCCAGAGGAGGGUUCAAAGGUCAUCUACCUCCGAGCCCUGAGUGCCGCUCUCGGGAACAGACAGAAGAAGUCGCCCCGCUCUGAGGACGGUACCAAGACGCCGCACUCCCGAACGGCUCCUAUAGAAACCCUCGCUGUUAAACCCGAGCCGGAGAGAAACACGGAGCACAGCUGCUGCUCGUUCAGCGAGGAAACAGAGCCUGUGUGUGUCCUGUCAGAGGAGCACACGCACACCCAACUCGUCUUUCUAGGCACUAAGGAAGAAGAGAACGCAGUGGUGACCCCCCACAGGAACGUGGUCCUGAAAGGUAGCGACUCAUCUGAUUGGUCAGAUGUUGAGGAUCCCAUCAAGUUGACGAAGUUCUCACGGGACGAAUGUGUGGAGCGAGUGAUCAUGUGCAAGCAGGAUGGAGAUGCUGACGAUGCUGAAGCUCUACCUCCUUUGGAAUAUGUCCCACCUCCAGCAGUCACGCUGACCGCACAAACCUCAUUUGGUUUGCCGUGGAGCGAUACGCCCCACCAGCCCGGCACCUCCUCUUGGAGCACAUGGCGGGAGGGCGACUCCUCCGCCAGCAGAAGUACACGUCUAUCCAGUAAUCGAGUCGUAGCGAUGGGGCGGGACUUCAGUCCUAAGCAGCCAAUCGGACAGAGUUCAUAUGCACACGCGCGCCAUGGAUUAAUGACGUCCCUUACUGAUGACGUCAUCACCCGCAGGAGGUCAGCGGACUCGGAGCCUCUCUGGCUGUCAGACUCCAACUCUUUGGGCUUCAUUGACACCCACUGUCACCUGGAUAUGCUGUACGGGAAGUUGGGCUUCCGCGGAAGCUUCCGGCGCUUCCGGGAGAAAUAUACCAGCAGUUUCCCUGCGGAAUUUCGCGGCUGCAUAACCGACUUCUGCAAUCCGAGGAUCACGCAGAAGGAAGCCAUCUGGGAAUGGCUUAUAGAAGAGGAGUUUGUAUGGGGUGCUUUCGGAUGCCACCCUCACUUCGCCAAGGAGUACAACUCCACUCACGAGCAAAGCAUCAUGGGAGCCAUGCGUCACCCCAAGACCGUUGCAUUUGGAGAAAUCGGGCUGGAUUACUCGCAUAAGAAUACAGCCAACCCCAGCACACAGAAGGAGGUGUUCGAGCGGCAGCUGCGAUUGGCUGUGUCUUUGGGAAAGCCUCUGGUUAUACACUGCCGGGAUGCUGAUGACGAUUUGCUGGACAUUAUGAAGAAGUGCGUUCCCCAAGACUACAAGAUACACAGACACUGUUUCACCAACAGUUACUCCGUAAUCGAGCCGUUCCUGAGCGAAUUCUCAAACCUGUGUGUGGGUUUCACGGCGUUGGUGACAAACCCGAACGCCGUGGAGGCCCGAGACGCUGUGAGGAAAAUUCCAUUGGACCGAAUCCUGCUGGAAACCGACGCACCCUACUUCCGACCCAGACAGGUGUCUCCGUCUGUGUGUAGGUUUUCUCACCCCGGGAUGGGCAUACACACCUUACAGGAAAUCAGCCUGCUGAAGGGAGAGCUCUUCUCCACCGUGCUCCAAACGGUCCGCCAGAACACCACACACAUCUACGGCCUGUAAACCCUCCGCCUCCACCUCCACCCUUAAACCAAUAACCUGUGUACCGUAAUAUUUUGGCUCCUUAUUGAAGCCAUAGAGCUUGUUUAAAGUGUGAAUGUUCUGCUCACAGAAUACAUUUUUAUUAAAACUAUUAAAAUUGUAGAUUUUCUAUUUCCCUAAUUAUAGGUGACUUAUUUUUGAGAUUUGGAUUUACUCACACUCCCCAGAUUCACAACCAUGGCUUUAGAAGAACUGAUCAGGAAUGGAUCUAGCUAGUUUCUUCAUUUAAGGUUUUUAAAACAGUUUUCUUGUUCUGAAAUUAGCUCCACCCCAUAUUUUUGUUGUUGUUGUUGUUGUUGUUUUGUCAGUGUUUUCAGGGGGAAAGUUAACAUUAGUGCGCAUUUCUGAUCUGCAGUGUAUAUAUAUAUAUAU